GAUCCAAGCUCGAUCAUUCAGCACAAAAAGCCACUAAAUUGCACCAUGAUGUCUCUGCUGAAUGGAGCAACGAACGAGACCUCUACUUCUACUAUUGAUAUUAGUAUAGACAGUAGUAAAGACCAGCUCUGCCAAGAAUGCGACAGUGAAUCGUUUCGGUAUCAAUGUCCUCGCUGCUCGCAUCGCACGUGUUCCUUGCAGUGCUGCGUGGCCCACAAGCACCGAACGGGAUGCAAUGGGAAACGCGAUCGGACCAAGUUUCUUCGCGUGGCACACAUGGACGAUGGAACCCUCAACAGUGAUUAUCACUUUUUGGAAGAUGUCCUAGGAGCCGUCGAACGAGCCAAACGGACCACUGGGACCAACAAUAGCAAGUCAAAUAACCAAAGCAACAAGAGACACAAACCCAAUGAACACAACACUACUACCACCGUUACCCCCCAUUCCAUGCUGCAGCAAAUGGAACACUUGGCAGUGGAUGGAGCUGAAAAAACAUCACCUGCAGAGCCAUCCAACUCUGAUAUCACCACCAGCACAAGUCAACUCGUACUACAAUCCACACCCACCACCACUACUACACCACCCAAUAAUAAUACUAAUAAUGAUUCCUGGAAACAAUUGGGUCCCAAAUGGAGACAUUUUUUCCAACAGGCCAAACUCCGUGGCACUCACGUACUCUUGAUGCCCACGGGAAUGCAACGACGUAAAACCAAUUCGUCUCACAUUCAAAAGAAAGAUGAUAUCAUUCAUUGGAAGGUCGACUUUCGAAUGCACUGCGAUGACAAGAAUGCCGAAGUAAUAGUACACUCCCAAAAAAUAUCCGAACAGGCCGUCUUAUGGGAGGAAUUGCAAAAGAUGAAUUUCUGGAAGAAGAACAAAAAUCAUACUGAUAAUACUAUUGACGAUACUACUACCGGUACACCAACAAUUCACUGUCUGAUGAUUCAAAAGUUGCCUAGUCCAUCCAAUCGUCCUUGCUACGUCGAAAUUUCCGACAAACAAGCUACCUUGCAAUCCAUCCUUCACGGAAUGACCAUUAUCGAAUACCCAACCAUUGAAGUAGUCUGCCACCCAGAUCGUGUAUCUGAUUUUCCAAAGGCCAUUCAAGAAGUAUUCGAAGCAACAACAACAACAAAGGAUACUAAAAAUGAUGCUUGUAGCGACACGUCCAGCUAACUUUACUAAAGACAAGGAUAUGCAAG